UUGAUCGUCAACAUGUCUAGAGUAUAGGCUGAACUGACAUUAAUUUGAAUUGUUACAAAAUAUUCCUUUUUUUUUUUUAUAUUUCUUGACUAGUUUCAGAGAUAAUACCGUGAAAGACCAAAGUGUUCUUAGGUCUUAUACAAAAAUCAUGUUCAAAACGUUAAUUGCAAAUUAAAAGUUUAUUCGUGGAAUGAAACGUACGGAAGCCUCGAAGACCCGGAAAUCAAGAAAACAGAAAAGAAUCAAUCGCGAUGCGAAACGCGGCUUUUGGAAAUCAAAAACAGAGUUUGUACUCACUCUCAUUGGCUAUGCCAUUGGCAUUGGCAAUGUUUGGCGCUUUCCCUACCUCUGUUACCGCAGCGGCGGAGGUGCAUUUCUCGUACCAUACCUUCUAAUGGUUAUUCUUUGCGGGAUUCCACUAUUUUAUAUGGAAGUGCUGAUUGGCCAAUUCUCAAGCACCGGCUGUACGAGCAUCUUUCGAUUGGUGCCGUUACUAAAGGGCACUGGCAUUUGUAUGAUGAUUGUUAACAUGUAUUGUCUCUGCUAUUAUUCUGUCAUCAUAUCAUAUCCGGUGCGCAUGCUGUAUUACAGCUGUUGGAAGACCGUGCCUUGGGUAAGGUGUGAUCAUUCGUGGAACUCGCAGAACUGCACAAAGAUUGAGGACAUGAUCGGUGAUAAAAGCGUUACACCCGCUGAUGAGUUCUUUCAUCUUGAGGUAUUGCGUAUCUCGAGUGGCAUUGCUGAGCUUGGUACCAUUGUGUGGGAGCAGUUACUCUCCUUAUUGAUUACAUGGAUCAUUAUAUUUUUGUGUGUGGUGCGAGGCAUAAAAUCGGUUGGCAAGGUGGCUUACUUUACUGCACCGUUUCCUUAUGUACUGCUAACAGUACUUUUUGUUCGUGGCGUAACCUUGCCCGGAGCAGCAAGUGGCAUCAAGUUCUUCUUCUAUCCGGAAUGGCAUCGGCUGCUCGACUUUAGAGUCUGGUCAGAUGCAGCUAUACAAAUGUUCUUUGGCCUUGGGCCUGGUUGGGGCGGCAUUAUCAAUAUGGCAAGCUUUAAUCGGUUUCACAACAAUGCUAAAUUCGAUUCAAUUUUGGUUGUGUCAGUCAAUGUAUUUACGAGCAUAUACGCUGGCGUUGUGGUAUUUUCCGUGUUGGGCUUUUUAUCCAAUAUGUCGGGUAAAUCUGUGGCAACAGUCGCCACAUCUGGUGCUGGCCUGGCGUUUGUCACAUAUCCCGAAGCAAUUGCAAAGAUGCCCCUGCCUCAAAUAUGGGCAGUUCUGUUUUUCAUAAUGCUCUUCCUCUUAGGCAUUGACAGUGUGUUUGUUCAGCUGGAGGCCAUCUCGUCAUCGAUCUUGGAUGAAGUCAACGCCCUGCGCAAAUACCCGUUGGUAGUGACGAUACUCCUGUGUGUCUUUUUCUUCGGAUGUUCGUCCAUAAUGUGCACCAACGGUGGCAUGUAUAUAUUACAAUUAUUCGAUUGGUACUCGUCGGCUUUAUCAAUUAUUGUUAUAUGCUUGGUGGAGAUUAUCAUGAUUAUGUAUAUCUAUGGCACGGACAAUUUCUUAACAGACAUGGAGUUUAUGUUGGGCAAGCGGCCGAGUCUCUUUUGGAAAAUUACUUGGACAUAUGUCACGCCAAUUGUGCUAAUCUUUAUUUUGUUGACCAGUAUAUUAUUUCUGAGAGAAAUCACAUACAAUGGAAUUAGCUAUCCAAAGUGGGCCAUUGCUCUGGGCUGGCUUAGUUUCGUAUCCUCGAUAAUUUGGAUACCGCUGUACAUAUUCUAUAUAAUGAUUCGAAAGCGGAAGACUUUGAACCAAAGCCUGCGAAGGCGAUUGAGGCCACUGGAUUGGACCCCAGCCGAUCCACAGGAUCGUGCAGAAUACGAAGUCUUUAAAAGGCAACGAAAUCCCGCCAACUUCAUGUCUGAUUCGGAGGCAGAUUCCUCAAUGGUCCCGAAGUAAACAAUUUCCUUUUGUAACAGUAUCAAAAA